UUCAAACUGAAUGAAAAGCAGCGGCUUCGAUUGGAUAAAUCUUGCUGAAUAUUAGUAGAUAAUGUACCAUUGCAAAAGUUCUGGCAUUCAACAACUUGGGCAAGGCAAAGCAUUUCUUGACAUGAUAUACUAUUUUACUGAAAUAGAAGGACAUCAACUCGCAUGAAGAGGAUAUUUAACAUUUAGCAAUUCGAGUACAUUUUUUUGCAAAGAAAAUUUUGUAUAAGGCUAAUAGAGAUGUCCAAAUUCUACACCACAUAUCUCCUGCUAGCUGCCUGUCUAGCUGCAUGCCUAGCUAUGGUUGCAGCUACAACACAAGAAAGAUGGGAACUGUACAAACAAAAACACAACAAAAACUACCCGGAACAUUUGGAGCGUAUCAAGAGAGAGAUCUGGAGAUCCAACGUGGAAGUCAUAGAAAAACAUAACGCGAGGUUCACUCGAGGGUUGGAAAAUUAUACUUUAGGCGAGAAUAAGUUUACUGAUCAGUCCACAGCAGACUUUUAUAUAAACAAGGACUUCUUCGAAGACAACGAGGAACCCUGCAUGAAAAUAUUCAAUAAAUCUUCAAACCCGAAGCUUCCAGCGGCGGUAGACUGGCGCUAUAAAGGUUAUGUCACACCUGUUAAAGAUCAAGGCGACUGCGGAUCAUGCUGGGCUUUCUCGGCCGUUGGGUCAUUAGAAGGUCAACAUUUCAAGGCCACUGGUCAACUGGUCAACCUGUCGGAAUCACAGCUGGUCGAUUGUUCAAUGAUGUGGGGUAACGAUGGCUGUGAUGGCGGCAACGUGAUCCAAGCAUUCGAUUUUAUUAAAGAAGAUGGGGGGAUCGACUCCGCCGAAAACUACCCAUAUACGCCUGAAGAUAACUUUUGCGUGAAUGUCAGGAAACCAGUUGCAGCCACCGUCAAGGGAUAUGUGUGUAUAACUCCAGGGGAUGAGGAUGCACUGAAGGAAGCUGUCGCCACAAUUGGUCCAGUCAGUGUUGCCAUAGACGCCGAUGACCCAACCUUUGCCCACUACAACGACGGUAUUUACUACACACCAACUUGCAGCUCUAGUACAUUGACCCACGCCGUGCUAGUGGUUGGGUAUGGGACACUGAAAGGCCAGGAUUAUUGGCUUGUGAAAAACAGUUACGGAACGACCUGGGGCAAGAAUGGAUUUAUGUUGCUUGCUAGGAACAGAGACAACCACUGCGGCGUUGCUUCCAAUGCCGUUUAUCCUCUGGUGGGGACUCAUGGAGGUCAGCACAACAACGCCGAUUCGGUGAUGGGAAGCAAGUUAUGUUUCUGUCUCUUUUUAUUGUAUCUUGUUGUCAUCAGACUGUAGUGCUAAAUGCAUGUGAGAGAAAAACUUGCUGUUUAUUAGUAGAACGUGUCGGUGAAAAUGCUUUUUUUAAAUGCAUGAUUUUUAUAUCUGUAGGCUACGCAUUUCACAUAUACAGAAUUGAUUAGAUCCCAAAUGUAACAUUUUAAUGCCUUAAAUAUAAUUUUUUUAAAAUUGCUUUUUAAAAUAUUUAUAAAUAUAAAUAAAAUAAGAAUAUACCAUGAAAUUUUUGUAUCUUUCUGUAUUAUAUUUUACUUUAUAUUGUAUGUGUUCUUGUUUUAUUUCUGAGCGCUGUUCAAUAAAGUAACAAAGAUUUGCAGCUGUCCAUGAUGUUCUUGCGUCAAAUAUUGAAGAGUUAUCUACCAUAUCAACUUAUCUAACUUAAAAAUCUACGAGAUUGUUUUGUUCAACCCAUUUAAAUGUCAUAAUAAUUUCAUGCUCUAAAAGUAGAAAGUAGAUGUCAAUAUUUUUAUCUCGGCUUUUUUAAAACCGUCAG